AUGAAGGCCUUCUUAAUUCUGACAGUCCUCGUCACGCUCGUCGCAGCUGCUCCGCGGCUGCGCCGAGAGGCUAUUUAUGGUGGAUACCAUGGUGGACUUUAUGGGGGUCACCUCGGAUAUCCUCAUGGAGUGGCAAUCGCUGGACCCGCCUUAGGACCAACCAGUGUUGCUGGACCUCACCUUGGAGCGACCAUGGUGGCUGCUCCAUCUAUAGGACCAGCCAAACUCUCUGGAUCCGUUGCUGGGCCGGUUCAAGUUUCUGGUGCUGUUGCUGGAUCCGCUGUUGUUACUGCUUCUGUCGCCGGACCUGCUCACGUGGAGGGUUACAGCGGCCCCUAUGACGGUGGAGUCGGUUUGGGAUACACCGGUCCAGCCUAUAGUUAUACCGGGUAUCCGGGAUAUGCCGGAUACUCUGGAUACGCGGGAGCCGGUAGUCACGGAGUGGUAAUAGCAGGACCAGCAUCGCAUGGAGCCGUUCUCGCAGGACCAGCGUCCCAUGGCGCUGUCCUUUCUGGUCCUCAAUCCGGAAGCGCCGCUGUAUCCGGCCCUAAUGCUGGUUCCGUGGUAAUCGCUGGUCCCUCUGGCAAAAUUACUACCCACGGAACUGGCUUUGGUGGGAUCCACACUGGGCACGGUCAUUGGUAACGAAUGAGAGCUGUUGGCAGAACAAAAACUUUAAAAAUUUCUCGAUCGUAUCCACUUCUAUGAAUUAUCAGCGGAGUUAAACUA